AUGGACCUCCCCGACCCAUAUAAGGGAGACACCAGGGGCCGCAAAGCCACCCAGUGGCUAGACAGAAUGAUGCUCUGGGUAGCCCUCCACCGGGACCAAUUCAACAAGGAGGAGCAGAUGGUUGUGUGGAUCCUCUACCACAUGACCGAUAAGGCCGCAGACUGGGCGCUUCCCAUCAUUGGGGCAAUCAUCAAGGGAGAAGGGAACCCUCCGACCACCAUCCAGGCCCUAACGGGCAAAUUCAAAGAAGCAUUUGCCGAUCCAGAUGCCAAGAGGGCCGCCGCCAGGAAAAUUGCGGCACUCUCCCAAACCACCACAACCUCCAAGUACGUCACGGAGUUCCGCAAUCUCAUGGCGGAAUUAGACUGGAACAAGGAAGCCUACAUCGCGCAGUUCACGCGAGGACUCCACUGGAAGGUGAAGGAACUGCUAUCAACAAAAGAUAGCGUUCCUGACGAACUCAAAGCAAUUUUUGCGGCUUCCAUAAAAAUUGACAACAUACGCCGCAAAAACAAGGAGAACCGCCCAAAAAAGGCACCCGCCAAGUCCCCGGCCACCGUGGCCACUACCUCCACCACUACCACCCAACGGGUCCGCCUCUCAGAGGACCCCAAUUACGUCACCCCAGAAGAAAGGGACCGCCGCCGCGCAUCUGGGCUAUGCGUGAAAUGCGGACAAAAGGGCCACGACAUCAAGCAGUGUCCAAAUGGGUGGAAGGCCACAAUCAAGGAGGUGGCUAAGCCCCCGACUAAAAAGGACAAUAUAGAUAUUGAAUUUGUAAAUCUAGGACUGGAUUCAAAUAAAAAACCACUGCUAUUUAUCGAUCUCUAUGUCCAGAAUUCCCCGGCAGAACCCUUGAAAACAUUGAUAGACUCAGGAGCCACGUCAAACUUCAUCUCCCCCUUGAUAGUGGAAAAACACAAAAUCCCCAAAACCCUACUCGAAAAUCCACGAGUAGUGAGAAUGUUAGAUGGUACUAUUUCACAAACUGGGCGCAUUUGGCACCAGGUAAUCCUCACGGUUUCGGCCAAUGGCCACAUCCAUUCCAUUCCUUUCCUAGUUUGCCCAAUAGGCAAUACCCCAGCAAUACUUGGCAUGACCUGGCUCACAAGCAAAUCCCCACUCAUCGAUUGGCAGCAAGGAACAGUUACGUUCCCCAAACAAGUAGCAAUUGCCUCCGAGGAAGAAGCAGACCCCAACCCUCUGGCAAACCUUCCACCCCAAUAUCACGAAUUUGCCCGAGUCUUUGGAGAAGAGGAAUUCAAGGUCUUACCCCCACACAGGGAGUAUGAUAUUGCAAUAGACCUUAUCCCAGAUGCCAAACUCUCCCCCGGCCCUAUCUAUGGCAUGACAGACGCGGAAUCAAAGGCGCUAAAACAACACAUAGACGAAGAAUUGGCAACAGGAAAGAUCCGUCCUAGCACUUCUUCUGCUGGCGCCCCCGUUAUGUUCGUUAAAAAGGCGGAUGGAUCCCUUAGAUUGGUGGUUGAUUACAGGAAGUUAAAUGAUGUCACGCACAAAAACGUCUACCCGCUCCCCAGACAAGAUGACCUCAUGGCCAAACUAAGGCACGCCAAGAUGUUCACCAAACUGGACCUAAGAUGGGGUUAUAACAAUGUCCGGAUUAAGGAAGGAGACGAAUGGAAGACGGCUUUUAGAACAAAGUAUGGGUUAUUUGAAUACCUGGUGAUGCCCUUUGGGCUUACCAAUGCCCCAGCCGCCUUCCAACACUUCAUGAAUGACUUGUUUAGGGAUCUUAUUGACGUCACCGUGGUCAUCUAUUUGGACAACAUCUUGAUCUUCUUGGAAAAACCAGAAGAACAUCCAGCCCAUGUGAGGGAAGUACUAUCCAGGCUAAUGGCAAACCAACUCUUCUGCAAACUCUCAAAGUGCCAUUUCCAUGUGACUACGGUUGAUUACUUAGGCAUUGUCAUCUCCCCUGCUGGGUUCUCAAUGGACCAGAAGAAAAUAGAAGCAGUCACAACCUGGCCCACUCCCAAAACGGUCAAACAGGUUCAGGCUUUCCUAGGAUUUGUCAACUAUCUUAGAUGGUUCAUUCCCAAUUUCAGCUCGGUUGCACGCCCCCUCCACAACCUCACCAAAAAGGAAACCCCCUGGUCAUGGGGUAACCCAGAAGAGGAAGCAUUCCAGGAGUUGAAACGCCUAGUUACUUGGUCACCAGUGCUUAUCCAUUCCAACCCUAGCCUCCCCUACUACCUUGAAACAGAUGCGUCAGGAGUAGCCAUGGGAGCAAUCCUUAGUCAAAGAGGGGAGGAUAACCGUUUACACCCAGUAGCCUAUAUGUCGAAAUCCUUCUCUGGUGCUGAGGCCAAUUACGACACCCAUGACAAGGAACUCCUAGCCAUCAUCAAAGCCCUAGAGGAGUGGCGUAUUUUCUUAGAAGCAACGGACAAACCCAUACAGGCUAGAACCUUUAAUCGCAGGCAUGCCCGAUGGCGCAUAUUCUUGAGCGACUUUAACUUUGAGAUCCACUACCGACCAGGGAAACAGUCGGGUAAGCCAGAUGCAUUGUCCAGACGAGCAGACUAUGUCGACAACCCCUCAGAACCAGAAGUCAUGCUCCCCGCAGAAGUCUUUGCCAACACGUCAGAGGAAGAACUGGAAAUUGUCACGGAAAUCCGCACUAAGCUUAGGGAAGACCCAUCCCUUGAGCCCAUUAUCCAAUUCCUCACAGAAGACGCGGACAACGCCCCUCCUUCCAUUCGUAAGGCAUACAAAGAUUAUGACUGGGAAGAGGACCUCCUCUGGUAUCGUGGUAAACUAGUUGUCCCAGACUCAGAAGCCCUAAAAGAACGUCUACUCAAGGAGUUCCACGACUCACCCCUGGCAGGGCACCCUGGACAACAAAGAACCCUGGAACUCCUGAGCCGUAAUUACUGGUGGCCAGGAAUGAAGUCAUCCGCCAAGGAAUGGGUUGAAUGUUGCCCCACCUGUCAAACGAAUCGCCAAGCUCACGCCCCUGUCAUUGCCCUGAAGCCCCUAGAAGUUCCUCCCUUCCCGUUCCAUACAAUAUCCUACGAUUUUAUUACGGGAUUUCCUAAGUCACAGGGCCACAAUGCUAUCCUAGUGGUAAUUGACUCAUUCUCCAAGUUUGGGCAUUUCAUCCCCACUUCUAAGAAGGUUACCGCCAAAGGACUUGCAGACCUAUUCAUCACCCAUGUUUGGAAACUUCACGGAUUACCGGUCAAAACAAUCUCCGACCGCGGAACUACCUUCACCGGGAAAUUCUUAAGGGCCCUCUACCAACGGCUUGGAGUCAAACCAGCGUUCUCCUCUGCGUACCACCCUGAAUCAGACGGACAAACGGAACGGGUAAACCAGUUCAUCAAAUUCUACCUCCGUUCUUACGUAGCCGCGGAUCAUUCAGACUGGGCCACGUGGUUACCUUUGGCAGAAUAUGCGUACAACAACGCCAGACACGCGUCCACAGGAAAAACACCCUUUGAAUUGGUCUAUGGAAAAAAUCCGGUGAUGAACCCCUCCAACAUACCGUCCAACGUACCAGAAGCAGACCAAUUAGCAGACACCUUGGCCAAUGAAUGGAAGGAAGCAGAGUCCGCCCUCAAGAUGAGCAAGGAAAAAAUGACUAGGGAUAAAGGAACCAUCCCCAAAUAUUCAAUCGGUGAAUUGGUCUGGCUAGAUGGAAAGAACGUGGAACUCAGGACCAACUCCAAUAAACUGGAUCCUAAAAGACUAGGUCCUUUCGAAGUUUUAGAGAAGAUUUCCAGUCAUGCAUACCGCCUGAAGCUGCUGGAAACUUUGAAAAUCCACGAUGUGUUCUACGUGGGACUAUUGUCCAAAGUCCAUAAGUCCCCUAGCCAACCGUUUCCAGAACGACCCCCUCCAGAAACAAUCGAGGGGGAAGAAGAAUAUGAAGUGGAACAAAUCAUUGACUCAAAAAGGCAACGAGGGAAAUGGUUCUAUUUGAUCAAGUGGAAAGGAUACGGUCCGGAGGACAAUUCUUGGGAACCAGAAGAACUCCUGGAGCACAGCCAGGAGGAAAUUCAACGUUUUAACAAGUCACGACUGAAAAAGGCUUGUGACUCUGCCAAGAGCCUUUAA